UAAAAAUGUUUAAUAUUCCAACAUGUUCACCUCUUAACACUUUAAAUAAUGACAAUAAUAACAAAACAAUUCCAAAAUCCUUAGCACAAUUGUUAGCAGAUCGUCGUCCUUCUUAUUCCGUUAGUAUUCCCAGCGAAUCUAGAAAAUUAAGCAGAGAAUGUAGAAGGAAAGGGAGCGAGCAAGUUUGUGGGAGGGCUGAAGAGGCGAAUAAAGGUUCUUCUAUCAUGCUUCCCCUUCCGCCUCUGAAGGAGUCAAACAAUGCAGAAAUCAAAAAAAAUUUACAACAAAAAAUACAGCAAUGCCAACAAUUUGUGGAGUGGGGAGAGGAGGAGAAUGAAGAAAAGAUUAAUGAAAGAUUAGUAAAAACGAAUGCUUUGGAGGAAGUAAUUGAAUGGGUUUCUAAUAGUUCUUCAAAAAAAUUGGAGGAAGAGGACAAUUUAAAGCGCGGACUGGUUGAUAUUGUCCGGUUAAAUUUAUUCAGAAUUCUUCCACCAAGCGAAACACAAGAGAGUUCAGCAACAGAAGAACUGACAGAUAUUGGUCUAGAUUCUCGGCUAACAUCCAACUCCCAUUUAGAACCAAAUUGGCCCCAUUUACUCCAAGUUUAUCGUCUACUACAUUUAUUAAUUGAAAAAUCAAGUGAUGGCGAUCAUACUAAAUUUACUGAAUUUAAUUCAAAAUUUAUUGGAGAUUUACUAGAAUUAUUUCACUCAGAAGACCCCAGAGAAAGACAACAACUCAAAAAAGUGGUUCACACACUCUACAGUAAAUUGGUGCCUUUAAGGCCUGAAAUUCGCAAAAGGAUGGGGUGGUUGUUGUUGGAACAUGUCUAUGAAAAUAGGCAGUGUAAAGGAGUUCCGGAAAUUUUGGAAAUUCUUGGAGAUAUAAUUAAUGGUUUCUGCGUUCCUCUAAAACCAGAACAUCGCCACUUUUUCUUAAAAAUAUUACUUCCCCUACACAAGCCAAGAAAUUAUUUGCUAUAUUUUGCUCAACUUUCAAAUUGUGUUGCUUUAUUUAUCGAAAAAGAUUUUAGCCUUGUAAAGCCUACUUUUGACUAUUUACUUGGAAAAUGGCCUAAAGAUUAUUCGGCUAAAGAAGUUUUAUUAAUAACGGAAAUUGAAGAAAUAUUGAGUCGAAUUGGAAAUAAUGAAUUUAAUUUAAUUUGUAAGGCUCUCUUUAGACAGUUGGGAAAAUGCGCGUCAAGUCUGCAUUUUAGGGUAAUUAAAUAUUAG